UCGUGAGCAUGAACAUGAGCCUGAUGUUAAAAACCCAAAGCCUUCAGUUUCAUUUCAAUUCAGUUGGCUGUUGGCGUUCAGUCUUCAAUUUUCACAAUUCACUCUCAUAUAAAUCUUAUAAUACAAUAAAUAUAUAUCCAUUUUCGCGUCAUCGUACCCAUGUGCUCAAACAAAGAAACAAAGAAAAUAAUAUUUUUUUUUUUAGUGAUUUAAAUUUAUAAAUAUUUAAAACCGCGAGUUUAAAGAAAAAUCUUUUUCAAAUAAUCACCUUAAAUAAUUACUCAUUAUUUAAGUAAAUUUUGUUAUUUAAAAUUAUAAAGUUUUGUGUAUCAGUUAAUAAAGAUCUUAUGUGCGGUCGAAAGCAAUUGCGUUGCCAGAGGAGAAGAAAAAGGUGCGAGAAUUGCCGGAAGUCGGAGUCUAUGAACUCCGAAGAGGCCAACGACGACGAUUGGACUGAUAAUUGGUUAUUUAUUAGUUUAUUUAAUUAAUUUUAACUUUUUGGUUUUUUUUAUUUUUUAUUUUUUGUUUUAUUUUUUUUAAAUUAUUUUCUUCGGUUGUUUUAUUACUGAAACAAUUAAAUUAUUGUUGAAAAAAAAUAACAAAGAAAUCAUUUUAUUUUGAAUUAAAAAUUUUUUUAAACGGAUUUUUUUUGUGAAAAACAAAAAUCGAUUUUUUUUUUCAUUAAUAAAUAAAUAUAUAAAUAAAUAUAAAAAUGACUGGUGACAAAGAAGUUGACAAUGGAAUUAAUAUUAAAAUUGGAAAGGAUAAUAAUGAUGGUAAAGGGAAAUAUCGACCUAUUUCAAUGAAACAAGCGCAAGAAAAUAGAAAUGGAGUUAAUGGACACGUAAAAAAUGCCAAUGGUGCAUUACCUGAAGGAGAAUGGGUACCACCUGAUGGUGGCUGGGGUUGGCUUAUUCUAUUGGCCGCCGUGAUGGUAAAUGUCCUUAUACCAGGAACAAUUAAAUCAUUUGGUGUUUUAUUUGUUGAAUUUCUGAACGUCUUCGAAGGUGGGCGGGCAAUGGCCGCGUGGAUUCCAGCGCUUUGUUACUUUCUUUACAGUUCGCUGGGACCACUGUCGAGUAUUUUAUCUGUUAAAUAUUCGUACCGCACAGUCACGCUGAUUGGUGGAACAUUUGCAGCUGUUGGAAUGAUGCUUAGUUAUUUUGCAAACUCUAUUAUAUUUCUUUGUGUCAGUUAUGGCGUCUUUCUGGGUAUUGGUGCUGGUUUAGCAUUUCCACCAACUGUUUAUAUUGUAACGUCUUAUUUUUUGAGACUAAGAGGUUUCGCUAACGGUCUUUGUAUAUCAGGAAGUGCAUUGGGAUCCAUAUUUUUACCGCCACUAUUAAAUUAUUUGCUACAGGAAUUUGGAUACAGAGGCGCAGUUUUAAUCAUGGGCGGUAUUCUAUUACACGUAUGGGCCGCAGCGCUUUUGUACGAACCUCUAGAAAAACAUAUGAAAUUCGUACCAUUUUCACUAGAAAAGUUAACUAACGAACAAGUUGCCGAGGAAGCUGAAGAAGAAGAAGAAGGAGAAGAAACCGAUCAACUAAAUCACAAUGAAAAUUACAAAAAUUCACUUCUCAUAAUUCCCCCAAUAAAAACGGAAAAACAGCAACCACUAAAUAAUACCAACAGCUUAUCGCCAAAAGUAAAAGCCGUACCAAAAAGCGCGUCGAGCGUCGCAUUAGAAAACUACAAAAACACCCCCGUACAAAGUAGAACUCGUAAAAUAAGUAUGCCAACAAACCGCGAAAUAACUUCGCAAAUGCACAGUACUCCAGCAUUACAUGCCGUACCAGAACGCAGUAGUUCAACAGUGCGUCGUAAAUCAACAUUACGUUCCCCAAGUAUUUCAUCGUUUAAUUACAUAAGUACGCCUUAUCAUGGCAGUACAUUAUCCGCAUUACAGCCAGAAUAUGCGUCAAACUUAACAUUAAACGCUAUUUCAAGUACAUUCCGUAAAUCGCCUGAAAAAACAAUAAAACCUUCGAAUAAUAGCAGUAAAAACAAUACAGCUGAAAAAGCAAAAACAAAGUUCUUCGAUUUAUCGCUUUUGAAAGACCCGAUUUAUCUUGUUAUCUUAAUAUCGAACUCAACAAACGCCGUUAGUUAUACCAACUUCAUUAUUUUAUUACCAGUCUACGCUAUUUCUUUAGGCUAUGAUAGAAAUCGCGCUAUUGUAUUGCUAUCAUUGAAUUCGGCUUUUGAUUUAAUCGGGCGUAUUGGCGGCUCGGCGUUAUCAGACACUAAAAUAAUGCCUAAGCACUGGUACUUUGUCGGUGGGUUAUUAAUAUCAGGUAUUGCGUUAACGUUAAUGCCAACUUCUACGAGUUACACGAUGCUGGCAAGUUACUGCUGUGUUUUUGGGUUAGCGUCGGGUAUUUACGUUGGCGUCACUGCUGUUAUUAUGGCGGACAUGUUGGGCACGGAAAAAUUAACCUCUUCUUAUGGUAUUUCUUUGUUUGUUAAUGGAAUUAUACAACUUGUUGGACCGCCGAUUUGUGGCGCGAUAUUUGAACAUAUCGGUAGUUAUGGACCAAUCUUCGGUAGUCUAGGUAUUGUUUUAAUUGCUGGUGCGUCACUGUGGGCUUGUGUUCCGUUUAUUAAGAAACGACAGGCUAAUAAUCUUGCAUUGCAAGCUAGUAAAGUUUAAUACGAUGCCUACUUUA